GGUCCAUUGCAGAGCUGCAGGCCGGCUCUGCAAACCGCAGCAUGGCUGCCCCGGGGGCCCUCGAGAUGCCCAGACAAUUUCCAAAGCUAAACAUUUCUGAAGUUGAUGAGUCAGUGCGACUUCUAGCUGAAAAGGUUUUCGCCAAAGUUCUUCGAGAAGAAGACAGCAAAGAUGUCUUAUCACUAUUCAGUGUGCCUGAAGAUUGUCCGAUUGGGCAACAAGAGGCGAAAGAAAGGGAACUGCAGAAGGAGUUGGCGGAACAGCAAUCUUUGGAGACGGCUAAAAGAAAGAAAAGUUUCAAGAUGAUUCGAUCGCAGUCCUUGUCAUUACAAAUUCCGUCACAGGAAUGGAAACCUCCGUCAGCCACAACAGCUCUCUCUCCUCCUACUCCAGUCCUUCCCGGUGCUUUUCAGCCCACCCAAGGGACAUACGAUGUACCCGAAUUUCAAAGAGUUACAAUUAGUGGGGAUUAUUGUGCUGGGGUUACAGUUGAUGAUUACGAACAGGCUGCCAAGAGCUUGGUGAAAGCUCUGCUAAUUCGAGAGAAAUAUUGCCGCUUGGCUUACCAUCGUUUCCCAAGGACAACCUCACAGUAUUUAUGCAGCAUGCAGAAUACAAAAUGGAAAUUUGAAGAUGAGGUGCUUCCAGAUUUCCAUCCACCUCCAAAAGAAAUGCAAGAUCCCUACAGUCUUGAAGAUGCUCCAGGGAACUUGGAUUAUGUUGUAAAGAUGAAGGGUGGCAUUCUUUUUGUUUUUGAUAACAAGGAAAUGAAGGAACUUGAUGAGCCUCGGAGUCUGCCUUAUCCCGAUCUACAGACCUACACCCUUGACCUCAGUCAUGUGCUGGCUCUUAUUGCAGAUGGCCCAACGAAAACAUACUGUCACCGAAGGCUUAACUUUUUAGAGUCUAAGUUUGGUUUACAUGAGAUGUUAAAUGAAAUGUCUGAGCUUAAAGAACUGAAGGGCAAUCCGCAUCGUGAUUUUUACAAUGUGAGAAAGGUUGAUACUCAUAUCCACGCAGCUGCCUGCAUGAACCAAAAACAUUUGCUGAGAUUUAUUAAACACACUUACAAAACUGAGCCAAACAGGAUUGUGGGGGAAAAGAAUGGCAAAAAGAUGACUCUAAAGCAUGUGUUUGAAAGUCUCCAUAUGGAUCCUUAUGACCUCACUGUAGAUUCUUUAGAUGUCCAUGCUGAUCGCCAAACCUUUCAUCGAUUCGAUAAAUUUAAUUCUAAAUAUAAUCCAGUUGGUGCAAGCGAGCUGAGAGAUUUGUACUUGAAAACAGAGAACUAUCUUGGUGGUGAAUACUUCGCUCGUAUGGUGAAGGAGGUUGCUCGUGAACUAGAAGAAAGUAAAUACCAGUACACAGAACCUCGGCUGUCUAUCUAUGGGCGUUCUCCAGAUGAAUGGCAGAACUUGGCUAAAUGGUUCAUUAGGCACAAAGUUUAUUCACCUCAUGUGCGCUGGCUAAUUCAGGUCCCUAGAAUCUUUGAUAUAUUUAGGACAAAAAAUAUUCUCCCUAGUUUUGGGAAGAUGUUGGAAAAUAUCUUCUUGCCUCUUUUUGAAGCAACUAUCAACCCCUUGGAUCAUAAAGAGCUGCAUCUUUUCCUUAAAUAUGUGACAGGUUUUGAUAGUGUGGACGAUGAAUCCAAACACAGUGACCACAUGUUCUCUGAGAAGAGCCCCAACCCUGAUAUUUGGACUAGAGAAAAAAAUCCUCCAUACAGUUAUUACUUGUAUUACAUGUAUGCAAACAUCAUGGUUCUCAACAAUCUUAGAAAGGAACGAGGGAUGAGCACUUUUAUGUUUCGGCCUCAUUGUGGAGAAGCUGGGUCUAUCACUCAUCUGGUAUCGGCCUUUCUAACUGCAGACAACAUUUCCCAUGGAUUACUCUUGAAGAAGAGUCCAGUUCUCCAGUAUCUUUAUUAUCUCGCACAAAUCCCCAUUGCAAUGUCUCCUCUUAGCAACAACAGCCUGUUCCUGGAGUAUUCCAAAAACCCAUUACGGGAAUUUCUACACAAGGGUCUCUGUGUUUCUCUGUCUACAGAUGACCCUAUGCAAUUCCACUACACAAAGGAAGCCCUUAUGGAGGAAUAUGCCAUAGCGGCUCAAGUAUGGAAGCUGAGCACUUGUGACCUGUGUGAAAUAGCAAGGAACAGUGUACUACAAAGUGGUUUGUCAGAUAAGGAAAAACAGAAAUUUUUAGGUGCAAAUUAUUGCCAUGAAGGGCCUGAAGGAAAUGACAUUCGAAAGACGAACGUUGCCCAGAUUCGGAUGGCUUUCAGGUAUGAGACCCUGUGCAACGAGCUGAGUUUCUUAUCGGAUGCAAUGAAGACAGAAGAGAUUACUGCACUGUCAAAUUAGUCAUAGUUCCCAUCAUCUUGACUGCAUUGCAGAACUGCCAGGAGAGAAG